UAUGGCGGCGCCCAUGUGAGGACGAUCGUUUGAGCGUAAGCUUUUUUUAAACAUGUCCAAAUGUAGCCCUAUUGCAGUAAUUUUGGUAUCAUCGGGUUCGAGAGGAGAGCGACUGCUGUUCAGAUAUCCGUAUGAGUUUGAUGAAAACAAAGAAGUAACACAGUUAAAUUUGCCGCAUAAUCCAUAUGCUCUUAUAGAAGAAGAUGAGGAAUCCAAAGAUGGCAGAGCUUGUAGUACUAUAAGUCAGGGGCAGCUUGCGGGGUACUCUGAUGAAAUUCUGGCUCACAUUUUAGCUACUAAAACCGAACUGUGUGGUCGGAAAUUUGAGCUGAAAGUGGAUGAUAUCAGAUUUGUUUGUCACCCAACGAUAAUACAAGAUGUCAAUUCCAAGUUGAAAAAACGAAGUAAAGAGGCGCCAACUAUGAUUCUUUUCAAUGUAGUGUUUGCGUUACAGGGUGAUGUGUUCCAAUCCGUGGUCCACUGCUAUCACGAUCUUUCCAAAAGAUUGUCCAUAGCUUUGAAACAUGAGGAAAGACGAUGUGGAUUCCUGAGUAGUCAAGCACAGAUAAUGCUUUCAGUACAUGAUGAAGUGGCAGCGCUCCCCGAAGACUGUCUUGACUCGCCGUUCAGACUGAUGUUACCAAAAAGUAAAUUGUGCAGAGACUUGAAAGAUGCUUAUGAAAAUCUUAAUAACUGGAUUCAAGUCAGUUUUUGUCUGCCACAUAAAGUACACAAUGUGGAACAAAUGCGUAUUGAUCCUGAUGUUAUAGAGAAGAGUCUAGCUGCUAUUAGACCCUACCAUGCAAUGCUGUUACUGGAAGAAGAAAACGAAUUGUUAGAAUUUUUACCGUUAGACUGUUCACCCUCACUUAUUAGACUAAUAAAGCUGACUACACCACUAAAGAGUUUACAACUGCUCUCUCAGGACUGUGACCUGGCCUUAUCACAGGUUUUCCAGCUAGUUGGUCAUUUAGUAUACUGGGGUAAAGCUACUAUUAUCUUUCCACUGUGUGAGGCUAAUGUCUAUGUACUUUCACCAAACUGUGACUUACGAAUGACAUCACCGCUGGUAGAGGAAUUCACAGACAAGUUUCCAGGUCAAUCAUUAACAGCAGUCUUGUCUAAUUUUUCAUUACCAUUACCAUUUGGAGAACAUCGGAAUCCGCUCUUUGAACAACAGCAGCUGGAUCAAGUAAGGAUAGUGAUGUGGUUAUUACAGAAUAGAUUACUAAUACAGAUGCACACCUAUGUUUUCUUGGUGGCUUUAGACAUUUAUCUCGAUCAAGAGGUUACCUCAUUGAGGCCACAUAGGUUGUCUGAGCGGAGUUUUGGUAGUUGUGGAAGCACCGCUGAGAGUCCGGGAUUUGGAUCGGAUGAUGUAACAGUGAGUCAGAGUCUAGAAAGCUGUUCGUUGAAGUCUACAGAUGUGGGUAGCGAUGAAGAUAUACAACUAAAAAAAGGAUUAAGCGAUAAUUUAUUAUCAGAACUUUCAGAAGCCGAACAAGCUAGUGUUUUGAGUAUACCUGCCGCCAGCAAUGAGGAAGAUCUCAAAUUGUUUGCAAGGCUAUGCCCAUACUUUCGUGGAAAACACCACCUGGAAGAGAUCAUGUAUUAUGAGAAUCUCCGAAGGUCACAGCUGUUAACGUUGCUUGAUAAAUUCAGAGACGUACUCAUCACAUGUUCUCACCAAGAUGCUGCCACAAUAACCUACCAGGAAUUCCUGUAGACUCCCUAGUGCACUGUCCACAAUAACCUACCAGGAAUUCCUGUAGACUCCCUCGUGCACUGUCCACAAUAACCUACCAGGAAUUCCUGUAGACUCCCUAGUGCACUGUCCACAAUAACCUACCAGGAAUUCCUGUAGACUCCCUCGUGCACUGUCCACAAUAACCUACCAGGAAUUCCUGUAGACUCCCUAGUGCACUGUCCACAAUAACCUACCAGGAAUUCCUGUAGACUCCCUAGUGCACUGUCCACAAUAACCUACCAGGAAUUCCUGUAGACUCCCUAGUGCACUGUCCACAAUAACCUACCAGGAAUUCUAGACUUCCUAGUACACUGUCUAUAAAAACCUACCAAGAAUUCUAGGCUCCCUAGUACACUGUUCACAAUAACCUACCAGGAAUUCCUGUAGACUCCCUAGUGCACUGUCCACAAUAACCUACCAGGAAUUCUAGACUUCCUAGUACACUGUCUAUAAAAAUCUACCAAGAAUUCUAGGCUCCCUAGUACACUGUUCACAAUAACCCAACAUGAAUUCAUCUAUAUUCAUCUACUACCUACCAGAUAUUUAUUCACACCUUCUAGGAAUUCAUCUAGACUCCCUAGUACACUGUCCAAAAUAACCUAACAUGAAUUCAUCUAUAUUCAUCUACUCCCUACCAGAUAUUUAUUCACACUUUCUAGGAAUUCAUCUAGACUCCCUAGUACACUGUCCAUAGUAACUUACAAGAACUUACUUACUCCCUAGUACACUGUCCACAAUCACCUACCAGGAAUUCUUCUAGAUUCAUUCUUCUAGUAAUAAUAUUUGCGACUUGAAUUAACCAAAAU